AUGACACAAAAUACGAGCAUUCCAGUCAGUUAUCCUAUGAUGCCUCCGAUAGAUGAUUUAAAUAAAUAUGCACAUUUAUUGCAAGUCAUUGAAGAAAUGGGACGAGAUAUUAAACCAACCUACGCCAAUAACAAAAAUGCCGCAGAAAGACUAAAAAAGAAUAUUCACACUGCUAGGAUUUUAGUCAGAGAAUGUGUUUCAGAACUUGAACGUGUUAUGAAAGCGUAG